AUGAGCCUCAAGCCCGAUUACAGGCCUGCAGAACAGGCCCCCCAGCUAGACAACUUCGGCGUCGACUGGGUUGUGCACUAUCAAUUCGACGACAUCGAUUCGUCCAAAGCGAUCGAGGAGUUCGAGUCGCUCAUCCACGACCUCCACGAAGCACAUCUCGAAACACAGGUGCGGCAUGGCCAUGGGGCCUCGCUUCUCGUCUUCAUUCGAGUCCCGCGGCUGCAUCUGGGUAAUCUCGUGUAUCAGUCUCGGGUGAAGGACUGGCUGUAUGGCAUCAUCCACGAAAUCCCCGCCGGCGACGACGACACGAUAGCAGACGCCGAAACACCCGCCGAGGCCCUCCGAUCGGUAUACCAUGCAGUGACCUGGAAGAAGGAGCUGGGCGGUGCUCAUAUCACGCCGAGGCAUCGCAAGUGGAAGAACAUUGCGUCGGCGUUUCCCCUGCACGACCAGGAGGCCAAUGCUGAGCUGCUGCGGAAAUGGAGCAGGACAAUACUCUUGACUGCGGAGGAUCUCGAUGCCAUUCGGGCUCUGUUUGGCGAGAAGGUAGUUUCGUUCUACUUCGCCUUCAUCCAGUCAUACUCGUCUUUCUUGGUAUUCCCUGCCGUCUGGGGAACAUUGACCUGGUGGUAUCUAGGGCCCUAUUCCAUUACUUUCGCCAUCGGGAACUGUCUCUGGGCCAUGGUCUUUGUCGAGUACUGGAAGAUCCGCGAGAAGGACCUGAGUCUGCGGUGGGAGGUCAAGGGCGUCGGAGCCCUAAAGGUGACUCGCACGCAGUAUAUCUGGGAAAAAGAAGUCAAGGAUCCCAUCACCGGGCAGACCGUGCAAGUCUUCUCGCCAUACCGACAGUUCCUGCGGCAGCUGCUGCUGGUGCCCUUUGCGUCGGUUGCUGCUGCUGCUCUGGGGGGGCUGAUCGUGAUCACCUUUGCGAUGGAAGUGUUCAUCUCAGAAGUCUACACGGGCUCCUUUCAGGGCUAUCUCGAGUUCCUGCCGACGGUCAUCUUCUCGCUGUUUCUGCCCUCCAUCUCAGGCCUGUUGAGCUCGAUCGCGACCAGACUGACCAAGUACGAGAACUACCGCACGCAGGACCAGUAUGACCUCGCGCAGACAGCGAAGCAGUUCGUCAUGCACUUCAUCACGGCCUUCCUCCCCACCGUGCUUACAGCCUUCGUGUACGUCCCGUUCGGCGCCACCAUCGUGCCCUAUCUCGACGUCGCCCAUCUGCGUGGAGAACCCGCAGAGAACCCGCUCGACUUCAAAGUCGACCCCAGCCGUCUACAGCAGGAAGUCAUCUACCUAACACUAACCGGCCAGGUACUCGACUUCCUCGGCGAGAUCGUAUACCCCUACGUCAAGAGCAUCGUCUGGCAGAAAUGGCGCGACUACCAGGCCAAAAAGGACGCCCUCCAGCACCGCAAACGCGCCUCCAUCGCCACAAACACCCUCCUCUUCGACGACCCCGACGAGAGCGCCUUCCUGACACGCGUGCGCCGAGAAGCAGACGCAGACGAGUACAACGUCCACGAAGACACACUCGAGAUGUGCGUGCAGUUCGGCUACCUCACGCUCUUCGGCGCAUCCUGGCCGCUCGUCGCCCUCGGCUUCCUACUCAACAACUGGCUCGAGCUGCGCGGCGACUUCUUCAAACUCAGUCUCGAGUGCCAGCGCCCGCCGCCCAUCCGGUCGGACUCGAUCGGGCCCAGCCUGCAGGGUCUGGAAGUGCUGACAUGGCUGGGCACGCUGUCGACGGCGGCAAUCGUGUACCUGUACCGCGACGGGCUGGCUGAGAUCCGCGCGUCGUCGUUCCUGCUGACCAUCCUGGUUGCGGAGUGGGCGUAUCUCGCCAUGCGAUUUGCGGUGAGCACGGGGCUCGCUAAGAUACUGGGGAGUGUGUUGCGACGAGAGGGGGCGAAGCGAUAUGCAAUGCGCAAGGGGUAUAUGGAAGUGGCUCAGGGUGGAAGCAGCAGCAACAGCAAAAGCGGCAGCCCCAAGGGUAGUGGAAAGCUGCGAGUGCGCUUCCGCGACCGGGUUAGUGUCUACACGAGUGCGACCGAUCCUCCGUCCCCGCAGUCUGACACGGUGCUGCGUGAGGCUACAUUGGAUUCGGAGCGGCGGUUCUGGGAGGGGAGUGCGGUGGAGGAUGGGGUGCGCAUCAUCAGGGCCCUGGGCAAGUCGGACGAAUCCAAGGGCGAGAAAGAAAUGUAG